GCAUCCGUAGUUUGAUGACGUCGCGGCCAAACAUGGCGGCUUGCUUCGAAUGAGUGAGCUGAAGGAAAAUGACAACAAACGUGUUUGCGAAAACAAGAACAGACUUUGAAAAGAAAGUAUAGCUGCUGUAAGCCACGGAGCAUCCACGAAGCAGUUAAUACAACAAUGUUCAGCAGAAGCUGCGUCGUUAUUGCCUGUUUUAGUGAAGUAUGUCAGAUCCUGCUGCUGCUGCCUCUCCUGAGUUCACCGACCUGUGGAGGAGUGUUUCCAAACUUUGUCACAGCAAAACAAUAGACAAGAAAACAGAAAAGCAGAUGCCUGGUACAACAACAUCCCCCAUGUGUAAAGAUUUGCAGAGUCCUAAGCGCAGAGGCUUUAGCAGAUACCCCGGCCUGAAUAAUGGGGAUUCUCCAGGUGACGUGGAACCAACACAAGACAUUUUCUGGGAUUCAACAUCUCCCACUCCAGCUAUUACUGGCCUCAAGAACACCAGAGUUGUGGAAAUAUCAGACAUUGUCAACCGAAUUGCUCCAAAGGAUGUGAAACAGAAAGUGACUGAAUCUCCUCUGCUGCAGUGGAUAGGUGACAGUGCAGUCCCUUGCACACCAGACAUGCCAAAGCCAAGAGUCAGGAAGAAGUCCUCUCGGCAGAGCAGUGUGGAGGACCUCAAGAAACUGGCCAGGCAGUUUGAUGAGAACAUGCAACAAGACAGGGAGACUUCAGAACAGCUUAACACAUUCAACAAUAACCCCAAUAAAUGUUUGGGGACUUCCAAAACAAAACUGACAGAGACAUCAUUCCCUUGUAAUGUGAAGGAUCUAAAGUGUCCAUCCUCAUCGGAUCAGGUGGAGGCAGAGCUGCACGCUCUGUUUGACUGCUCCACUCAGAAAGUAAGUGGUCGACUAAGCCAGGGCUCCUCAGCAUCAGCCUGUUCACAGGAAAUAAAAGACCAACGUGUGACUUCAACUUUAGCUGAAAUCCGACAAUCGGAGUUGAAGUCCACUGAUAAGUCUGGCCAAGCUGCACGUCCUGCUGAAGAAAAAGGAUCUUGUGGUUUUAGUGUUAACAUGUGUGAUGACUUUGAUGAUGACUGGGAGAAUGAUGACCUACUUAAUGAUUCUUUUUUGCUGGCGAUGACCCAGAAUCCUGACCAGCAACAUGACACCAAUCCUAAAACCAUCUUGCCAGUCCACCACUCCUCUAACACUAAGACGAACAUUACUCAGUCCACCUCUGUUUGCAAGCCUACUGCAAAUACAAGCUCUGCACAUCAGCCUUCAAACUUGCACUCCAAGCCAAGCUGCAGUGCACUCCAGGAACUGUGUCCAAAACCAAAGACUACCAACCGAAGCACUUUCAAGUUAGCUCCCAAUCCUCACUUUCAGCCUAAGACGACUGCCAAGGAAGUUUCCAAGUCCAGCUUCACUGUUAUACAACCUAAAUCCGACAUGUCUGUCCAGAAAUCUGCUCCCACAAAGACGCUGUCGACUCCUCGACCUGACAAGAUCAGUAAUGAUCAGCAGAGGGAAACUAAUGUAGCUGCAGACUCUGUUAAAGACAUUUCAGACAGUUUAUGGGACAAUGGGGAUGAUGAUGCGCUGCUCUACCAGGUAUGUGACAGCGUGGAGAGGAUCUCUAACAGUCAGCCACAGCAAGUGAGCCUGAGCAACUGCCAAGAAAAACAAGAUGUUACUGUAGACAGACAGUGUAAAACCACAGCGCCUAUGCCAAUCAACGCAGCCUGGUCCGUGAAUACCGGUGCCAGUGCUAACAGACAGUCCCCAUGUGCUUUUGUUCGUUCUAACUCAUUACCGGGGACUAGCUGUGAAUCUGUGAACUACCAAGGAUGGAACAUUCCCAUGAAAGGUGCCAACAACAAAUCACGGAUGUCUCAGAGCCUCCCAGGAAGCCGCAUGAGUCUGGGGGAAUUUAGCCAGUGUAGGGAUUCCUCUGGAACUUUCCAGGCUGGGAAUGCUAAUGUGGACAUGAAGCCACAUGCAGUGACAGCCAGGGCACCACAGAACUCCAAGUCCCAUCACACAGCCUUCAAGAGAAAUGUAUCCGACUCAGCGGUUAUAAGCAACAAAGUUUUUGUCACAAGCCAGAUGACAGGGAAGUGCUCUGCAGCUGAGAUUGAGAGGAAGAAACAGGAAGCCUUGGCUAGGAGGCGACUGCGAAUGCAAAACGCCCCGAAACCAUAGGGGAGCUCCAUCUUGACUGAAGGGAUAUUAUUUUACUAAUAAACCUUUGCAAACCUCAUCAUUCAGCCACCUCCUUCACGUAGUUCGGUAUCAGAUCACCAAGUUUUGGGUGAUUUACUUGACUCUGCACAGAAAGGACCUAGUGUCUAUUAUAAACAAGUGAAUGCCUCUUGUAAGAGCAUGUUUUUGAGAAGCAAGUUUCAUGCAUGGUUUGAUGCAAGUCUUUGCUGCUGGGAUAAAAGUAAAAGAGAUUUUCUUGAGCUGUUUCACAUUUUGACUUUGAAAAUAGUUUACAUCCACUGAGUUUUAAAUAAUUCCAAAUGCUAACACAUUUUUCAUUUCAGCUCCCUGCAGGCAUUUUAAACAGAUUAUUAUUUUUUUUUGAUUUUUGCUUUUGUUAAGGUAAAUAGUUCCAUCUCAGUAUUACUUCUCAAAUGACAAUGUCAUGUGGGCUGACAGACAUUAAAACACUGUAUUGUUGAUGUUGUGCUGUAUUCUCUGCUGUAUGUGUUUGAUAAGACAUAUUGUGCCUGCAAUUUCUAUUGAUGUAUAUUUUAUCAUUUUCCUAACUUUGCAAUCAAAAGAACAUUGCUUUAGUUGAAAAUUAAGACAGUAUUUUAACACAUUUUUUUUCUUUGAAGCCAAAAUACUAAUUUACAAAAUUGAUAACAUGGUUAUUUUAUAGAUGAAAAUAAGCAUGCCAUAAUUCAGCUGAUUUAGUUUUGUUUUCCUCUGGAUCUUGUUUGUGCACGUCACUUAUUUUUAUCCUUUCCAUUUUGCACACGUCAGAAUCAAGUUUUGUACUGUUCUACAGCCUUCCUCUGUAAGGACAAUUCAUUGUAGCAAUGCUAUGCACCUUUUUACUGACCGUAAACUGUAAAUCCAUCAACAAUGAAAACAAACAACGAUGGAAAUGCAUUUUUUAUUCCCACGGGAUAAGACUGAAAUGAGGAGGAUGGCCUCUCUACAAUUCCUAGUUUUGAUCAGCUGUGUUAUGAGUGUGGACCUGUGAGGACAGGUGCGACAGCUGUUGGUGACCUCUUUGUUUCUAUCUUAGUGCCUUAGGAUGUCAAAAGGAUUUUGACUCCAUCACCUGUUACUUCACAGCAACAUGACGGACUUGGCUCUACACAUUUUCCUAAUUUAUUUUUCAUGAUGUUUGUGCCUGGUAUGAACACAAAGAAAUAUCUGAACACAGUUGGCUGCUAAAAUACACAUAAUGGUUUGUAGCUCUUUCAUUUAACUGUAUUUUCAGUUGUCUGAAAUAUAAUAAAUAAGUAAAUAAUGAAUAAACUGCUCCAAUCAUA